AGCCAGCAGCCAGCACUGCAAUGUGGUGGUUUCAACAAGGCCUCUCUGUCCUGCCUGUGGCUUUGGUGGUUUGGUCAGCUGCAUCUUUUGUCUUCUCAUACAUCACAGCAAUCGUCCUACACCACGUGGACCCCCUGGUGCCCUACAUCAGUGACACAGGGACAAUACCUCCUGAAAGAUGCUUGUUUGGGAUCAUGUUAAAUAUUUCUGCUUUCUUGGGCAUGGCCACCAUGUACGUCCGUUACAAACAAGUUCAUGCUUUGAAUCCAGAAAAAUCCAAGAUCAUCAAGCUUAACAAGAUUGGCCUCACCCUGGGAUUGAUGAGCUGCUUUGGACUUUGCAUUAUUGCCAAUUUCCAGAAAUGUAUCCUCUACUAUGUCCACGUGGUUGGAGCCUGCCUGACAUUUGGAGUAGGGGCCAUUUAUAUGCUGGUUCAGACCAUCCUGUCCUACCUGAUGCAGCCAGAAGUUCACAGCAAAGACAUCUUCUGGGUCCGUCUGGCACUGCUGCUCUGGUGUUGCUCCAGCAUUGUGAGCAUGUUUGUUUCCUCAGUUGUCUUAUACAGUGGCCUGUAUGGAACAAAUCUAGUGCAGAAGUUGCACUGGAACCCUCAGGAAAAGGGCUACACAGCUCACAUGGUCAGUACAGUCUCAGAGUGGUCGUUGGCCUUCUCCUUCCUCAGCUUUUUCCUCACCUAUAUCCGUGACUUUCAGAAGAUCUCCCUGCGUGCUGUUGCCAGCCUGCAGGGACAGACCCUGCACAACCCCCCGCAGAGCUUCGGGACUGAUGAGCAGCCCCUACUGGUCGCGGGGAGCAUCUAAUGAAGGU